UAACUUCCCUUGGACAUUUCCGCCAAUGUCAUGACAACACGCGUAAACUCCCGAUAAUUUAAUUUUGUCAACACAUGGAAAGGUGACAUUAUUUGUUUACAUUUUGCAGCCCACAAGCCAAGCCAGUAGAAUGCCACAUUUGAAGGAGCCGAAAGAGAAAGAACCCUUAUGGAAAGAGUGGGAUUAUUUAGCACAGAAGAAAGGCAUCCGACACACUGUUUAUUCUGUGAAUGGUGAUCAAUUUACUGGAGAAUGGCUAGACAAUAAAAAAGACGGUAAAGGUACAUACAAGUGGAAAGAAAACGGUGCAAUCUAUGAUGGUGAUUGGAAGAAAGGGAAGAGGAACGGGUUUGGUACAUACAGUGUUCCUAAACCUAAUAAUGGAUAUAGAAAAGAAUACUCGGGAGGAUGGAAAAAUGAUAUGAGACAUGGUUAUGGUACACAGUUUUAUGGUGAUAAUGAAUACUAUGAAGGGGAAUGGUAUGCAGAUAAAAGAAGUGGAUGGGGUCGCAUGUACUUUAGUGAUGGAACAAUUUAUGAAGGAGAAUGGUUUGAUGAUCAAAGAAAUGGACAAGGAAUGGUUAGAUUAACAAAUGAAAACCGUUAUGAAGGGUCAUGGAAAGACGAUAAAAAGAAUGGUCCUGGUAAAUUUUUCUACCUGACAAAAGGACAGGUAUAUGAAGGUGUAUGGAAAGACGAUAUUGCUAAGUGUGGCAACAUGAGAGAUUUUGACAGAGAAGGAGCACCUGAACCUACUAAAUACCCUAUACCUGAUGUUAAAUUAUUAAAUGCAGAGUCAGUAUUACAAGAAGCUGAAGAACAAUUUUUACAAGAUCAUGAUUAGGACCCAAAUAUAAUAUUGUAUUUCGUUACUGCCAAAUGAUCAGAAAUAUGCUGCAUGAUAGAACCAGAAAUUGAUUAUGAUGAAGUCAGAAAUGCUUGUAAAUUAAGAUGUAACUCCAAAUAUUUUUUUAAUUUUUAAAUUUGAGAUAAAAUUUACUGUCAAUGAAUUCGCUGUUUCAUAAUCUAAUGCAUUCAGGGUAAUAUUUUCAAAAUCAUAUAUCAAAACGUUGUGAUUGGUUUCUAACGUUUUUAACAAUGGAAAUUGGACCAAUGAUGUACCGUUAUUUUAUUUUGGCGUACAAACAAUAAGAUAACCCAUAGUAAGAUUAUAUAUUUCACAUUAUUUUAAGAAGCAACAUAUAUAUCUGUCAAUUUUAAUUGUUAUUUCAAGUUUAUCAAAGUGUUACGAUUUAAAAUAUUUUCUAGAACCAUUUGCCUUUUCUCUUUUUCUUGAAUUAAGCUCACUCCUAUUUAUUUCCAAUACAGGAUAAAUUUUAUGUGUAAAAAGGAAAACUUGGAGCAGUUUAAACCUCAAAAAUAUCUCCUUAAAACUGAGUUUCUGCAUACUCAAAAUGACCUUAAGUUCAUUUAACAUUAAACAAAGCAUUUAGAUGUAAAUUGAUUACUGAAAGGCAAUGUAACCUCAGGUCCUACAUUCAUAUGAUAAUCAUAGAGUUUUUUUUUAUAAUUGUAUGGAUCAAGGGAAAUAACUUUAACUGACAUCCGUUUUUACUCUUGAGGACUUGAGUUCCCGUAAUAAAAACAAAUCAUGAAGUCUCUUAUUUGUAAAAUGUUUGUUUACACUGAGGAGACAUUAAAACUAUAUCAGCAUGGUUGGUGAAACAUUGAUUGGACCUUUGUUGAUUAUUCAAAUAUGAUUGUUAAAAGAAACUUAUUUUACACAUUUCAAAAAUUUUGAAUUACUUCCCUUUAGUAACAAUUUUUUGAUUUAUUUACCAAAAUUUAACUUCAGAAAUUUUACAUUUUAAACAAUAUCCAACAAACUGUAAGUUUCAAAUAUCCUUGAUGAAAAAAAAACACAUUUCAGCUGCUAUACCUACUAUUUAUUUUUAUUGUAUGUAUAAGUUUAUUAAAUGAAUUUAAAUGUUUUUCAGAGGCCUUUAAAUGAGAAGUUAGGGCUGUUCCAGAAAAUACUAUGUCCCCCCCCCCCCAGGGAAGGCCAUUUUUUUUAAAUAUUAUGUGGGUGGUUGUAUUUGAAAUACCGAAAUGCAAAGGGAGUGCUGUUCUAAUUAAAUUUUAUUUCUGUGGGUGGUGGGGGUUAAAAAAAAGUGCCGUCCCUGGGAGGGACAUAGUAUUUUCUGGAACAGCCCUUAAGGCUAACAUUUGUUUUUUAUUAUGUAAAGAAAUAUAAAAGGAUGAGUGCUAAUUUAGGUUAAUAAAUGACUGUGAUAUGUUUGAAUGGGUUUAAGUAUGUUUAUAUGAGAAUGAUGUAUUAAAAUAUUGGUAUACAAAA